GGACCAAUGGUGUCGCUGCUGGUUGGAGGGGGUGUUCCUUCUCGUUGGGUGCAGAAGUUGAACUGCGCGAGCUAAGCCAGAGCACUGGAAAGGCACAUAGAAGGAGGGUAGAGGCAACGGCCCUCUACUGGAGGGGGGGGGACUUACUACAACAAACAUAUACACACGUUUGUGCUGUUGGCCGCAUCAUAGGUCAUAAAUGGAGAACAGUUGAGCUAGAAAAGCAUAACACCGCGGCUUUAUAUUUAAAAUGCCUAUUUUACUUUUCCUGUUAGACACGUCCGCCUCUAUGAAUCAGCGCACUUAUUUGGGUACGACGUAUCUGGAUGUUGCUAAAGGCGCGGUUGAGGUCUUUAUGAAGCUGCGUGCCCGAGACCCGGCUAGUAGAGGCGACAGGUACAUGCUAGUUACAUUCGAUGAUCCACCAUACGGAGUGAAGGCUGGCUGGAAGGAGAACCAUGCGACCUUCAUGUGUGAGCUCAAGAACUUGCAGGCAUUCGGGCUGACGACACUGGGUCACGCUCUUCGCACAGCCUUUGACCUGCUUAACCUCAACCGACUGGUCUCAGGCAUCGACAACUACGGGCAGGGACGUAACCCCUUCUUCCUGGAGCCGUCUGUGAUCAUCACUAUCACUGAUGGGAACAAGCUAACACACAGCUCUGGCGUACCGGACGAGCUACACCUGCCGCUCAACUCUCCUCUGGCGGGCAGUGAACUCACCAAAGAGCCCUUUCGUUGGGACCAGCGUCUGUUUGCCCUGGUGCUACGGCUGCCCGGAGCAGCCACGCCAGACAAUGAGCAGCUCGGGAGUGUCCCCACAGAUGACUCCGCCAUCACUCAGAUGUGUGAAGUCACCGGAGGGCGAUCGUACUGUGUACGGACACAGAGGAUGUUGAACCAGUGUCUAGAAUCUCUGGUCCAAAAGGUUCAGAGUGGCGUUGUGAUUAAUUUUGAGAAGACGGGGCCAGACCCGCCCCUCACUGGGGAAGAUAACCCGUUGGACCCGAGUCGUCCUCUGUCCUCCUUCAGCCCUCAGCUGUGGCACAGUUGCCAUAAACUAAUCUACGUGCGUCCCAACCCAAAGACCGGCGUGCCAGUUGGACAUUGGCCCAUUCCUGAGUCGUUUUGGCCGGACCAGAAUUCACCCACACUGCCACCACGCUCUGCUCAUCCAAUGGUGCGCUUCUCAUGUGUGGACUGUGAGCCCAUGGUGAUAGACAAACUCCCCUUUGACAAGUAUGAACUGGAGCCUUCUCCUCUCACCCAGUACAUUCUAGAAAGAAAGUCACCACACAUGUGCUGGCAGGUGUUCGUGGGCAGCAGUGGGAAGCAGAGUGACCUGGGUCAGCCGUUUGGAUACCUGAAGGCCAGCACCACCCUCACCUGUGUCAACCUGUUUGUCAUGCCUUACAACUACCCCGUCCUUCUCCCUCUGCUGGAUGAUUUGUUUAAAGUGCACAAACUAAAACCCAACCUCAAGUGGCGACAGGCCUUAGAAAUGUACCUGAAGACGAUGCCUCCGUACUACCUCCUGCCUUUAAAAAAGGCUCUAAGGAUGAUGGGUGCUCCUAACCUGAUAGCCGACACUUUAGACUGCGGCCUGAGCUACAGCGUCAUCUCAUAUCUGAAGAAGCUCAGUCAGCAGGCAAAGGUUGAAUCGGAGCGAAUCAUCGUGUCUGUGGGGAAGAAACCUCCACAAGAAACUGGGAUCAAGGUGAAGAACCACUCCAGCACUUUCUCCCUGGCUAACCGGCGAGACUUCAAGCAGCUGCUGCAGGGGAUCACGGGGGAGGGGCCUCUUCGACUGGUCGACAUCAAUGUCAAAGAAUACGCAGGCUUCCACAUCGCACACCUCAACAAGGACGUCAAACCCCAGGCCUACAGAAACGCCUACGACAUCCCCAGACGGAUCCUUCUGGAUCAGCUGACACGGAUGCGCUCCAAUUUGAUGCAGGCGUCUCAGAAACUGAUCCGAGGACAGGACGAAGAUUAUCUGCACAGCAUCCCGGCGGCUCAAAUGGGAAACUAUCAGGAAUAUCUUAAAAUGAUGCCGUCUCCUCUGAGGGAGAUCGACCCGGACCAACCGAAACGUCUGCACACGUUUGGGAACCCUUUUAAACAAGAUAAGAAGGGCAUGAUGAUCGACGAAGCCGACGAGUUUGUGGCCGGCCCUCAAAACAAGAGAAGAGGAAACUCCGGUGAUUCCAGUCCCGGUGUCAGUGUGAAGAGACGGCGGAGUAUGUCCCCGCUGCUGCGACGUCCACAGACCCAACCAGGAAACAACAACAACAACAACUACGUCGGGGUGGGGAAGAAUCCUGCAGGACUCCACGGACAACAGAACCUCCUCAGACCCAUCCCACAGCACAAAGGACUGGAUGGUAACAACACUCUGGUCCCUGACAACAAUGGUGACGGGUUACUGGGCCCUGAACCGGGGGAGGUUUGGUCUAAUGAGAUGGACUCUGUGGGAGGAAAACUGGCUCCAGUGAACUCUGAGGAGAAAGCUGAGGUGAGGUCAGCAGAUGAGGGAGAGGACGUCCAGGUGACCAAGGACAGACCGGUGGAGAGACCAGAGGAAAGACCAGAGGAAAGACCGGAGGAGAGACCAGAGGAAAGACCAGAGGAAAGACCGGUGGAGAGACCGAUGGAGGAAGAUGGACAAAACGAACAGAUCCUGGAGGAGAAACAGAACUGUGAGAGUUUGAGUCCACAGAGUCUGGUCGACGGAUGUGAAGACGAAGACCCCGCGAUCCUGGAGACUAUCUUUAUUCCACCACUUGAUGGAAUCCAAGCAGAGUUGAGGACGCGAGUGGUGAAGGAGGUCCGAAAGCCUGGGAGAAACUUUGAGACAGUAAUGUCACUGCUGCAGCAGGUGAAAGGCCCGCUGAAUGUUCAGAAGUACUUCAUCCAACACGCCAUCAGGGAGGCCGUCAGGUUCAAGAAGCGGGUGCUGAUCCAGCAGCUGGAGUUGGCGCUCGCCGACUUGGAGCCGGGGCAAACGCCGCCGCCGCAGCUCUCCGACGUUCUCGACACGUAGAGGUGGAGUCGCCUCUGGUACAGGAAGUCCGUGAAACCGUCCGCGGAGUAAAGACGGGCCGAGUAUCUGGAGGUGGGAUAAAACCGACGCACUGAGAGCAGGCACUGCUGUUACAUCACUUCCUGUCGGAGGCGGAGGUUAAAGGGUUUAACCUUUGGCAUAGUUUCAGCGAGGAUGAGGAAAAGGACUUAAAAAUAAUCCUCUCCGUAAUGACAGAUGCCUUAAACAUCCACAUGGCUUUUGUGUGUGUAUCGGCACAUUGUUGUGACGACACACACACACACACACAGAUAUGAUAACCUGACAAAUCCUCUGAUGGAACAGGAAAUGAUUCCUGUGAGUGUGUGGAGAACAGAGUUCAGCUGGUCUGAAAGGUUAGAAAUAGAUUUCACAGUCGUUCAGAACGACUCCAGGAAUCUGUUUUCACUUUUGUUUUGUAUUUUUAGUUGAAAAAAAAAUUCAAGUUAGAAUAAAACAGGUUUUAUUAGAAUAUAUUUUAAAGGACAGGCAACAUCAGUACUCCGUAUGUGAGUAUGCAACUAUUACUGCAGUACAUGCACUGCAGUAUUUUGUCACAUUGUAUUUUGCUAUUAUUAAGAUUUUUAAUAUUCCAGUUGAGAAAAAUGUGAAAUUUAAAAAAUGGAGCAAAUUAAAUUCAAAUCCUCGUAGUUGAACAUUUUUAAAAACUUUUUAAAUUUUAAAACUGUUUCUCCAAUUUUAGACAAAAUUAUCAAUACAAGAAACCACUGUGGAUAUUUAAGUCAGUAAAUGAGAACAGACAGCACUAACUGUGUUAGUGGUGACAGCAUGUGGCUCAGUGGGCACAGGAUCGGGUGGAUAAUCAAAAGGGUUGCAAGUUGAAAUCCCAGCCUGUGGUGUGAGGAUGCUUCUGGGGGAGG